AUGUACGCCGUUGGGAAGGUGCGGAUGUGCGCGUCCGAGUUCCACCUCGGCGACCAGACGGUCACCACCGUCGCCACGCAGGGCCGCGCCGAGGUCGGCGGCUUCGUGCUCUGGCAGAAGACCCCCGAGGUCUGGUUCUUCGAGCUCAUCAUGGCUGGCCACAAGAUGAGCGCCGGCAGCGACAGCAAGGUCGCGUGGCGCCAGUCCGCCGCCGAGCAGUCCCACGCCUCGCGCGGCCCGCCACGCCCCCUCCGCCGCUCUCUCCAGGGCCUGGAUCCACGCUCCAUCGCGAACCUCUUCUCCGACGCGGUGUGCAUAGGCGAGAAGAUCCUCAACAACGAGGAGUGCUUCAUCCUGAAGCUGGAGGCCGGCGCGUCAACGCUGCGGGCGCGGAGCGCCCCGGCGUUCGACAUCAUCCACCACACGGUGUGGGGCUACUUCAGCCAGCGCACGGGGCUGCUCAUCCAGCUCGAGGACUCGCACCUGCUGCGCAUGAAGUCCGGCAAGGGCCACCGCCGCAGCGAGAACAUCUUCUGGGAGACCAGCAUGGAGUCCGUCAUCUCCGACUACCGCUGCAUCGACGGCAUCAACAUCGCGCAUGGCGGCCACACCAACGUCACGCUCUUCCGCUACGGCGAGGGGUCCGUCAACCACAAGCGCAAGCUGGAGGAGACGUCGACGGUGGAGGAGGCCGAUUUCAAUGUGCACGGCCUCACCACGGACUACUUCCUGCCGCCGGCCGACCACAAGAAGGACGUCGACGAUCAGAAUAAGUAG